GCAAUAGCCAGUAGACCGUGCAGGUUAAACGGUGAAUGUGUCUUUUUCAUUCGGCUAGUUUACUUCUGGCAGAGACACAGAAUGGACACAAAGCGAUUGAAUCUGUCCGACAGUGAGCUGCGACAAAUUGUGAACGAUCACUUCACAACAUGUGACUCAGCCGACCAAGCGUACCGUAUCGUACAAACUGCCCUGGAACCGUUCAGUCCCUGUCCGGAGGGGUUUCUAGCGGAUCACUAUGCGCUGAAAGUUACGAUAGAAAGAAAUGGCCAAACGGAGCUGCUUAGCUUCUUCGUCAAGUGUCUACCCACUGAGAAUCCGGUGCUAAGAAGCUACCUCGAGGAGAUUGGUAGCUUCCGCAAGGAAAGCAGUGUCUUGCAGCGGAUAGUGGGAUCGAUUCAGCGCCACUGCCCAUGGCGUACCGUUGCCCCACGGGUGCACUUGGCCGUAGAGGAACAAUUGCUCGUCAUGAACAAUCUUAAGUCCGACGGGUAUUCGGUCGUUAAACGCGAAGGUGGUUUGUUGGAGAUGGUAUUCGUGCAGCAAGCGCUAGAAACACUAGCCAACCUGCAUGCCUGUUCGUUCGUACUGGAACAGAAGCAGGGUAAGCGUUUGCCCGAGCUGUUUCCAACCGUGCUCAAUGAAAAUGCUUGGGUGCAGAUGUCUACCAGCACAAGAGUGAAGGAUGUGGCCAAUGUUAUCAAGCUGUACACCGAGCUGGUGAAGAUAUGCGAUCACUGGCACGGUCCACGAAAACAAACCAUUCUCGAGCGGCUAGCACCGCUGAUAAGAAAGAUUUACACGUACGUUGAACCGUCGCACGAAUUCCGCAACUGUCUCAAUCACGGUGAUCUUUGGUGUAACAACAUCAUGUUCAAGUGCGAUGGCCAAGGACAGCCGAUCAGUUGCGCGCUGGUAGACUAUCAACUGUCACGUUAUGUGCCACCGGCGUACGACAUCAACCUGUUGCUGUACCUAACGACCAGUCGUCAAUUGCGAGACGAGAAUCUAACUGCGCUGUUAGGCCAUUAUUACAAGUGUUUCGUGGACACGCUGGAACGAAAUCAGGUGAAUGCGAGCGAGAUUUAUCCUCGCGAAACGUUUCUUCGGUGCUGCGAGCAUUACAGACUCGCUGGGCUCAUCCACUCGACGAUUAUCAGCGGUGAGGUGACUCUGCCGAGCAAGUUUUUGGAGGAAAUAUUCGGUGACCUGCAGAGUACGGCUAGCUUUAUGCCGGACACGAAGGUGUGGAUUUGUGUAAAGGCUUUCCAGGCAGACGAACGCUACCGGAAGCAUCUGAUAGAGUUGCUAGAUGAACUGUUUGCUUAUGUGUAGAAUGUAGCUGUGAAGAAAGUGUGUGACGUUUUCAUUUAUGCAAAAAUUUUAAAUACGUCUAGAAGAAAAUAGUAGACCAUAUAAUGAAGUGAACGUGUUCCCGUGGAAAUAACUUAAUUGAAAACAAUGAAAGAAGCUCUAAAAAACACAAAUAUUAAAUGCUAAAACACUCUGCAAGAAAAAAAAAACUAAUUUCACUUUCAUUUAUAGCUUAGAGAUUAAAAAUACUAGGAACGUAAUAACUUUCUUAUUCGAAGCGAAAGGUCAUUGUCGUGCUAACGCCACUGGGUAAAAAACCCAAACCUCGACGUCUAUGCAAGUGGCUGUUGCAGCGCUGUGUGUGUGCUUUUUUGCUGCAAUCCAUUACGAAACAUCGUUUUUCCAGCCAUUCAUCCGUUUCCCUUUCGGAAAGCAAAAGUGUCCGUGUUCGCAACCCUUUCCGCGGGAACUUCCUGUUCCACCAAGUACUACUACCAGCUGAUCAAAGUGACUUAUAGCUUUCAGUGAGCAAAGCUGCAAAAAAUAGGAAAACACAGGAAAGCAGCAUCAUAACCUCUCUUUUGGGCCCUUUUAGAAAGCCCAACAGCAGACGUUCUGCCAUUGCACACUACCCACAGGUCCGAAGGUCUGUGUUUGACUAAUCCCAAUGCGACCAAUGCGAAUGCGAAGGAAAUGGGAAGCAAAAUAAACGGAUAGGCACGAAACGAGAGGGAUAGCGUAUUUCCACCAUUUCCCGAGGUCGUGGAUGGGAAAAACAACACGCCGCAAAUAAGACUUUCACCCUUGCUUGGGGCCUGGCGCAAUCGCAUCGGGCACAGGUUGGCGACGGUCGCGUAAGCUUCACAGCUUCCCCGUUUUGCGCGGUGGAUUAUGCGGGAGCACGAAGCGCUUAGCGCAGCAAACUAGCAAAGGGUGAACGAAGGCUAUCUUGAGAGACGGUUGGUCGGUCGGUCGGUAUGUGUGUGUAAGCUAGCUGCUGCCGUGGCCCGAGUAUGAAGGUUUCUUUCUAUGCAUUUUCUCCAACCUUGUCACAUUCUUACUGCACACUGGCAGUAGCGAUGCACCCGCUGGCAGCAGUUCCUUUCCCAUCGUACGGGAUUUGACGCCGUUACUGUCGUUUGCUAUUUAUUCUUUUGUUUGGUACGGUUGCUUUUGGCGCACGGCUCACAUCACCGGCGCACGGUCGGGUAGCAAUAGCGGGCGUGAUUGCAGUAAGAUAGAGGCUGAAGCAAUCCGGUUUUCUCCUGUUUUUACAUCACUCCGCGGAGGAUUGUGUUUAGCUAUAUUAUUGAAUUGCACAUACAUACACAUAGACAAGCGGGUGCAUCUGCCUUUCUUAGGCCUGGUAAUAGAUGUCUUGUAUUUUUUUUGUUAUAGUACCUUCUCUUUAUUUCUAUCGUUCCCACGUGAGAUGAAUGUAUGGUGAGCAAGUGAAGUGUUUUGUUUAUCUGACAG